UCAAGUUUUCAAGUUUUUACAUGUUAUGAUUAUCUCAAUCAAUGUAUUGUUUUAAGAUCAUUGUAAACUUUAAAAAGGCAUAUAUUUUAUUUGACUAUGUUAAAUUGAGGAACGAACAUUAGGAAGUUUUUAUUUGCAUACUUUGAACGUUUGAAAUGGUGUCGGUGUUUCCAGCAACGCCGUUAGGAUUCUCGGCAUUAGAAUUUGAGAAUGCAGUUAAGGAGCUUGAGAAUCCACAAACUGAAGGCUUUGAAUUUUUUACCGAGUCACAUGAUGUGAAGAUCUACAAACUGUAUAAUGAGGAAUCAGGCUUGUAUGUGUACAAAAUCUAUGGUAUUUUGAAAGAUGUUUUGCCUGAAACUUGUGCUGAUGUUUAUAUGGAUCUAAAAUACCGUAAAACUUGGGAUACAUAUGCUAAAGAACUAGAAGAAAUUGAAGAUGGGGAGAAAAAGUUAAUAUAUUGGAAUGUUAAUUAUCCAUUUCCUAUGUGGAAUAGAGAUUAUGUAUAUCAAAGAGAGCUACGUGAGUUAGAAUCACAUGGUAGUAAAGUUUGGGUUGUUUUAUCAGAAAGUGAUAGUUCAUCAAAAAUACCAGAAAAAUCGGGUGUUAUACGAGUUUCAGAUUUUAAACAAAGUGCUGCUUUAAUGACAGAUGGAAAAAAUGGGACCAAAGCAUUUAUGCAGUAUUAUGAUGACCCAAAAGGUGCAAUACCAACUUGGUUAAUCAACUGGGUUGCCAAGAAAGGGGUGCCUGAGUUUUUGACUAUGAUGGAAAAAGCAUGUAAAGGUUAUCCUGAAUACUUAAAAUAGAAUCCAUAGACAGCCAAUAAAUCCAACAAUUUAUUGUUGAGCAAAGAUAUUAUGCACAUUGGGGUACAAUUCAAAACAAAAACACAAACAGUAUAUUUUGUUGUGAAGUAGAAGAAUAAUUGGGACUAUAUAAACCUGUGUUAAAUUGUGUUCAAGGGUAAAAUAAGACAUAUUUUUAAGGGGCAGUCUGUUUUUUUUUAUAGGUCAAAAAAUUGUUUUGCUCAAAUUUAUGAAAACUUUACCUCAAAAACUAGAGAAAUAUGUCCCUCAACAUAGUUAUAACAAAUGCAUAAGUUAUUCUGAAGGUAUGUUUUUAAUAUUAAAAAUUGUUCAUACUGCCCCUUUAACUACCUCAAUCUUCCUCAAAUGUGCAGAAAGUCUUUGUUGAUUAUACCUACUUAAUUUUACUUAUUUUGUUGUUUUUGUUAUUUUACACUUUAAUUUUUUAUUAGAACUAUUUGGAAUAAAAUUUUCUUG